AUAAGCUGCGAAAAAAUAUGGAUAUUUAAUGAAAUUUUAUUUUUUAAUUUCAUAUUUCCUUGAACUGUUUCGAGGAAAAAUAAACAGAAAAAUAACACCCGCUAAUUUCAUCGAUGGGGAACCUAAAGUGCAUAACAAAAAUAUGCUCAUACGCUUAUGACCUUAGUUUUGUCAUAAUUUUUCACGUGGAAAAGGAAUUUUUGAUGAAACAUCAAUAAGUCACACAAACGCAACCAAUUGGCAAAUCAUAGCUUGUGGAGAAUCGUGGGCCACACAUCUUGAAUCACCUAUAUUUUUUAUGUUUUAUAUACAUUCAGAACUUAAAAUACGUUUUAACUAUCUGUAAAGUUUUCUUAUGCCAAAUGAAGAGUUAUGAAAAAUAUUUUGUCCAUUCUAUAUAAGAAAUUUUGCCAAAACAUUCGCGAGCCAGUGUUUGGAAUCUAUUCGAUCAUACACAGCUUUCUUUUUUAUUUCAUCAUCUGAAAUUGCUUUAAAAUAACGAAAUGAAUUAGGAAAUCACAGUUUUGGGUCAACUCAUAAACUUUGCAUGUUCUUUGGUUUAUUUGGAUUUGGUGAACCACGAUUCCCCAUCAUUUUUCAAAAUCCAAAAAAUAUUGCUUUUUUCAAACAGUCAGAAUUUGGUGAAAAUAACUUAUUAAAAAUUUAAAAAAAUACCUUAUGAUACCUUGAAAAUGUAGAAAACCAUACCAUUUUUUAUUUUCAUUUUAUUUUUUAUAAUAAAGAAGUUAUGGAACAACGAAAAAAAGUGGCCCAUGAUUCCCCACUCUCCCAUACAUAAAAGUUAAAAUUCACAUACAUAAAAAGUCAGGGAUGAGUUUUGAACCAAAACGAAGCGUUAAAGACCCCAGGUUUGUGAAAUUCAAAAAUUUCCCCUAAUCAACUCUGUCUAACCUUGAUAGAUAAUCCAGACCAAAUUUGGAAAGUUAGCUACUAUGCACUAAAUCACACUUGAUUUGAACCAUAAUAUGGCGGCCGUGUAUUGCUUAAAUUUUUGUCGCAAAUUUUACAAUUUUAUUUUGAGCCUUAUUAUAUCAUACAUUAGAUUUUGAUUGAUUGGAACAAUAUACGCUGGAACAGGGCCGUAGAAACUGGAGGGAGGAGAGGGUUUGGGGAUUAAACCCCUCCAUGAGGUUCCAAAAAGCCAAGCAAAAUGUUCUUCUCUAAACUCAAAAUUUCAAUCUCUUAAAAAAUGUUGAUAAACGACUAAAAUGGUUCAAGAGUACCGUCAAACGGGGCAACAUGCAAAAGCAGGGUUAGAUGCAACAUUUGUAUACCACAAAACUCAUUCAAUUUUUAUUUCAAUAUACUGUAAUAAAGUUAUCAUUCAAUGAUAACAAAUUGAUGAUGACAUAGUUUUUAACAUCGUGAAGGAGUUUUUAUUAGGUUUUGAUUGUCAUAAAAAAUUUAAAAAAUCGAGCAAUACAUGUAACAAUUUUUACAUUUUUCGAUGUCUUAAAAAACUUUGCCUAGUAUGACGGAUUGGCUUAAUGAUAUCACUUACAAACUUUAUAUUGCUUUCAUUAUCCUAUACCAACACUGUUGGUGUAUAAAUAUUUUUCGAAUAAUCACUAAAUUUUUUUAAACAAAUAUUUUUAUAAUUCAAUUAGCUGUCUGGGGCAAAAUGCAACAAAAUGCAUAUCAGAACUAAAUCUCAUAAAUCGCGUUUCCAUAUGCUGGGAUGUGAUUGUUUUGCAUUAUGCAUUUGUUAACAUUAAAAUUUCAUCCAUCCUAAGAAUUAUUUUCAUGAUUUAAGCUAAAAGAAUAUUUUGUAGAUUUUUUUACCCCUUAAUGUAUGCAGCAGAUUAACGCUUUUUUCCUUAAAAAAAAAUUGACAGAUAAAAAUGGAAAAUUUAAUUUGAGCAACACCAAACAUUACUGCAAAUGGUGCAUUAUGCAUUAUGGUGACAUCACAAAUGUAUCAAAAACUAUAAAUUUUUAAACGUUUUCAUUCGAUUUUUCAUUAAUUACAGAGUUUGUUGCAACUUACCCCUUUUUCUUAGUAGGGUGAAAAUCGCAUGUUUUUGUAAAUUUAGAAGAAUAUGGUAAAAGCAAUAAUUUUUCUGACUACGUCAGUUUGGUGUCCCCUCAACCUUAAAACUUUUGAUGUACAAGAGGUAUGAUAAUCUGUAAGCAUUAAGAUUUUAGAAGCCAUUGAAGUUGGAAAUUGUUGCAUGUUGCCCCAGUUGACGGUAAUAAUCCCGAAUCAGAACUAAAGCCAAAACCUCUAAAUCUUAGUUCAGGUCCACAAAUCAAAUGAAAAUUCGAAUUGAUUCAUUAGAAAUUUUACUACGUAUUUUGCGUCCAAAUUUUUUUGAGCAAGUUUUAUCAAAAUUAAAUGAACGAUUUUUUGAAAACCUUAAAUAUGAUUUGAAAUUGACUGAUGGGUGUUGAUAUAAAACACAGGUUUUUCAGUGCUUCUCUUCAUGAUAAUUAUUAAAUAAUUUUAAUAUUGGCGGAUAUUGGAGAAAAUAACUCGAAAUUGCUCGGCCCGGAAAUCUGGAAAAUCGGAGAUCGGAAAAAUAUCUGGCAAAAUUUUAAUGGAGUUUAGAAAUAAGAAAACAAAUCUGAUUUGAACCGCAAACAGAAUAUCUAAUUUUUAUUUCUAAAUAUUUUGUAGUUGAAAAGAAUUUGGUUAUUUAAGCAAAAUUCAAAUGGAUAAAAAAAGUUUUUUUCAGAAUUAAAACGAUAAAAAUCCAUUAUUUAUAAUUUGAAUCUUUAUAAAAAAAAACCUGAAUUUCUAGGACUUAAUUUCGUUAGUUAGUAUUUGGAAUAACUACCCAACUAUUAUAGCUGAAUAAUUAUACAGAACCUACACAUUUUUUUUCAAGUAUGAAUUAUUCAAGCUAAACUAAUAUGAGAAAAGUUUGUCACCAAACCAACACAUUUCGGAAUUUAUAUCUCAAUUUUUGAAUUGAGACUUUUAUUUCUUGCGGUCUGCAACUUAAUUGUUAGAAGUGGUUUCAAUGUUUUUCCUUAAAUGUAUUGUGUUGGAAGAGAAUCAUUAAAUGAUCUUCAAAUUCAAAUUGAUUGGUACCUACAUACAAAACAUUAAAGAAAUAAAAAAAAAAACAAUGUAGUUAAUUUAAAUCGAUUUUUGAGGACAAAUUUUGAUUUUUUUUUUCUAAUCUACAGUUUUUCUUUCUUGAACUGUUUUAAAAAUAGUGAUUUGCCGAUAUAAAAGCCGACCGAGACUCGCAGCCGACCGUGGACUAGAGGAUAGCGUUUAAGUCUUCUAAGCCAGAGGUCAUGAGAUCGAUUCUCGGUCACGGCAUGCACAUAGUAAUUUUUAAGUGGGCUGGUGGUGUUAGCAUUAGUACGAUGCUAGCCAUUAAACCCUUGAAAGAUAUACGCUUAAGAAGAAUUUAGAUCUCUUCGAAGAAACAUUGAGUUUCACUGAAAUCCAAAAUUUGUGUGUUCGUUUAAAAAUAAAAAAGAGACUAAUAUUUUUUUCCGCAAUUGGCGAUGGAAAAAAACUUCGGAUGAAUUUUAUCUGUUCUCCCUCAAGGUUGCCGAAUUCACAGAAAAAUCUAUAAUUUCACAGAAUUUUGAGCAAAUUUUCAUCACAGAAUCUGUAUCACAGAACACAGAAUUUUGGAAAUUUUCACCGAUUUCUCAGAUUUUUUAAUUUUUGUACGUAUUUCCAAAAUUAUAAAUGUUAUAUCAACAGAAAUUUUGGAUUUCUAACUUUUUUUUUAAACUGAUUUUUCUUCAGUGAAAUGUAAAAAAGACUCAUUUCUUCAUGAUUUUUCAAAGAAAUUUAUGCUGUAACCAUCACAAAAAAACAUCACAGAAUUACUUGGUGAAAUUACAGAAAGUCAGAUUUUUUUUUCACAAAAACACAGAAUAAGUUUUGGAAAGAGACCUGAUUGUUUUUUUUCUUCUUAUUUUUUCCCCAGCCUCGGUUCUGUUAUUAUCAGGUAAAUCAGAAAUAAACUGCCCCCACGAGGGUCCGAAAAUGCCAAACUCAAAAUUUCGAAUUCCUAAUUUUGAUUGAUGAACGACUAAAAUGACUAAAGUGUAACAAUCUCGACUCAGAACUAAAGCUAAAACCUCGAAAUUUUAUCCUAGGUCGAUAAUUCUACUACAGAUUUUAUAAAAAUUCCUAACUCAUAGAUUAAAAUUUAGUCCCAAAUAUCGAAUUUCAAUAAGCUAGCCAAAUUUCCCAGAUUUUCCUCGAGUUGUGAUUUUUUUUUUAAAAUGUGAUUUUAAAUCGACUGAUGUCUUUCGAUAAACAACAGUUAAGUGUUUUUCUUAGUGAUUUUAAUCUAAUAAUUUUAAUAUUUGCCCCAGAUUUGCACGGCCCGGAUAUUCGCGGCAAAAUAUUUGGAAAGCUUAAGUAAGUUAGGUGAGAAUAAUUGCGAAUUUGAUGGUUCCAAAUUUGCAUUAAAAUUCGAUGUCUGUAAUAAGAAUUCGUUUUCUGUAUCCAGUUUACCGUUACUGAACUUCAGUUUGGAUCGUUGGGAAAAAGUUCGCAUUCGAAUCUCGGUUUUGCAUUUCAAACUUCUAUAUUGAAAACUCAUCAUUUCGGAACAUUAAAAGAAAAUAUUCAAAAUAACAAACCAUUUUGAAGAUUUGAAAUUUUUACUUUUAAUUCUUAUGCAGAUUUGGAACUAAAGAAACUUUCAUAAUGGUGAUUCAGAAUUGUAAAAUCUGAAACAGUUUCAUCAUUCGCAAUUUUCAUUCAGAUUCACAAGUUGUAUUUCAAGAAUUGAAGUGGCAUCGUGGUAGGGCUCUUUAUUCUCAUGCAGAUGAUCGCAUACAUACAGAUUCACAAGUUGAAUUUCGAAUGAAUAAAUGAAGAAAAAAUUCACAUUGAAAGCCAAAAAUUCCGAACUCAAAUCAGAUAUUUCUGGUUGAAAUUUGGAUCCAACUUCCGCUUUUUGGCGCAUGAAUGGUAAGAAUUAUUAAAUGGAACUUAGAUUCAAAAAUCGCUUUCAAAUUCGGAAUUCAUGUUUCGAACUCAGGUUCGAAAGGCAGUAUUCAGAUUCGGAAUCAAAAUUAAAAAUUCAAAUUCAGCUCUAAGUUAAGCUGUAUAAUCAAGAUUAAAAUAUCUAUGUGAGAAUUUUAUUAAGGUUUCGAAUUACAGACUAUCGCAGUUUCAUAGUUUUGAUUCUGGAUACAAAAUUAAAAUUUUAUAUUAAAUCAGAGUCAGUUUAGAACAUAACCCAAAAUAAAUCACAUACAUAUCUAAAAUAAAUCAUGAAAUAAAUUAUUAAUAAUAUUUUUAUGAUCAAAGAACUUGUACUUUAUUUUCAAGAUAAAAUUCCACUGAGGCCUAUAGGCUUAUCUGCCUGAUGUAAACUAGUCAAGCUGUAGCUUUACAAUUCAGUUGACUUCAUCGAGUUGAAUUAGCUGCUAGAUUCUACGACAUAAAAUUUUCAUCGUGCCCCGAUAAAUGGUGCUCUGCAUGCCCCGAGUCAACAAGUUAAAUUAAAAAUGCGUUUUAAAGUUGAUUAUACUGAAAAAUCAAAAAUUCAAUUAUGGUGAAAAUUGAAAAUCAAUGUGUACAUCAUGUUUCAAUGUCUACAUUUUAGAUCAAGACAAUUUAACUAUCAAAAGAGCUUAUUUUCUGGCGCUAAAAAAUUAUAAUAUUUUCGUCCCUUAAGAACAUAGUUGGUUUUUUUACCCUUUAAUGCAUAGUGUUGUUUCAAAACAACACUAAUCCAAGUCCAAAUAUCUUGGAAACGCCUCGGUAUUUUUAAGUUAUGGAUUGACAAAAAAUAUUCUAGAGAUUGAAAGACAUUAGCCCAUAAUAUUUUAAUGUAUGUGUGAGAUAUUGAACAAAUUAUGGGAAAGAAUGCAAUUUUUUGUUAUUUUUGAAAUUCAACUAUUUUGUUAAUAUCAAUCAAUUACAAACUCUUUCCUGCACCCAAUUUACAAGAUUUGGAAUUAAUUUUCAAGAUCGUAUCGAAAUGAAUUGAGCAUUUCUAAAACUAUUUUUCAAUUUUGAUGGGCCAUAACUUUCAAAAUAACGACUUCAAACCUAUUUAGUUGUGUUAUUCGAAUUAAAAUGUUAUUAUUUAUCAUGUAGUGUAAAAUGUAGUUAUUUAUCAAUAACUGCUAUUUUCAUUUUGCAAAAGGCAUGCAUUGAAAGGUUGAUAUUUCUGCAUAGAUGAUAAGGAGAUUUCUUUUUUUUUUUUGCUGAAAUAUUAAUACUACGAAUAUUAAUAAUACGAAACUGUUCCUCGUGAAGAUCUCUUCGAGAAAAUAUGUAUUUCCUCCGAAAAGAGAGGUGCUUACUGUGCUUCGGGUGCUCUUUAUGCCCUUAUUUUCCCUUCUUAUUAAUUUUUAAGAACCUAAAGAUUGUUCUCACAACUGACCCUUUGUCCCUAAACUGUCGAUCGCACUCCAUGAUUUAAAAAAAAUAACUUUCAAGCAAAAGCAACAGGUGAACGCCUUGCCAUGAUUAUCGUCCUUAUAAGUGAAUAUUACCCAUAUCUGGAAGCUUCUGCUGCCGUUCCAAAACUACUCACUACUUAAGAAGGUGAAAGGUCCAACGCCGGAAAAACGGAACCUGUUUCAAGAAAAUGCCCGGAAUGCUUCGCCAGGCAGUAAAAAAAAACUAAAACAAAUACCACAGUGGUGUAAGACAAAAAUGAGCGUUGCGUUUCAACCGUUUUUUUUUAAAUUUGCGACCACAACACAAGAUUCACUAAAGAACUGUGGUUUUUAAAUAACGAAGUGUCCCGCGGAGUUAUUCUUUUUUAGGAGCAAACCACUGCCGGUGGCUUUCCUUUGGAAGACCCCAAGAAGUUCGGCCGGUUGUUGAUAAUUUUGGUUUUUAUUUUUUUUCCUCAGGAAAUGAAAGACGAUUGAAACAACGAAAGUACGUAUAAGUGUAUGUGAAUAAAGGUAGGAGGAAAAAGAAGUUUUCCUCUCGAAGAAGUUGAGCCGGAAAAAGUUUUCCGAUGCUACCGCCGCCGCCGGCUAGUAUCUGGACCUGGAGCAAAGUUUUCUUUCAGUGCGGUUUCGAAUAAAAGAACUACAACUAAAACUAGCCGAGGAAGCAUGUGCCAGUAGUUGGCCCCAAGUGUCCAGCUGCUGCGUAACUAUUCCGAGGGAGGCCUCCGCCCCCCCAAAAAAAACGAGAGAGAGAGUUAUGUAAAUGCCUAAAGUGAUUAAAAGUUUCCUCUAAGGUUAUUUGUUGUGCUUGGGGGGAAGAAAAUUAGAAGCAGAAAAAAGAUAGGAAACUUUUGGGAAGUUCCGCAGCUGUAGCCAAACCAAAGAAGAAAAUCGACGCAUUACCGAAACUUGGAAAGAGAAGAAAACCGUAGUCCUGUCCCAAACAGUCGAAGCAAGUAUCUUCAUUGUGAGCUCAGGUGUUCGAAGAAGCCGGAAAAAAAAAUUUGAUCAACGUGUUUGCGAGUGUUUUCUACCAAUGUUUUUUCGUGAGCCGACGGCAACAAAAGUGCACUAGUGUAUUACGUGAUCCAAGUAAAUAAAUUGGAAAUUGAAUCAUCCCCUUGGCGAAGAUUUUGUGUAUUUUUUUCGGAACGAAACAAUAUCAAAGAAGAGCUUGAAGAGAAGAUUGCCUAAUCAGGUGCGGGUAGUAAAAUAAGUGUUUAAUCGGUCCCUAAAUAAGUGAGAGAAGAAAAAAAGGAAGAAAAAUCUAAGCAAAACCGUCGAUGAGGCGGAUUUUAUGCAAUAAUAAUAGAUGGUUUGCUGCUGCAAGUGAUUUCCUAAAAAAAGGGAAGAGCGGUGGUUUAAGAAAAAAACAGAAGAAAAUAGCAUCGAGGGAUUUAAACCGAAAAAAUUGACCCACUACGGUUACUUUUAGCAGAAGCUAAUACCGGAUGUGGUCAUAAUUUUGGCGGAAGCAAAAAAAAAAACACCAGUUUCGGUGGCCGUUAGGCGAAAUUUUCUAAUUGACCUUCUAAAAAUAACAUAAUCAAAACGUCGUCUACGGAAAAGCCACCCGCCGCCCGGUCGCAUUCAAGCUGUUCUCAUGGGCCACCGUGGCGGAAAAUUGCCGCCGCGAUGUCCACACUCACUCACAGCAGCAGCAACAGCAGUGCUACCAGCAACGCAAACAACAACGUCAAUAAUAACAACAACAACAACCUUAUCAUCACCUCGGCGUCUCCAGCAGCACCCUCGUCGACUUCCGUCGCGAAUAGCAACACCCUCAACAACAACAACAACAGUAGCUUCAACGCCACGCCCGGAACUCCGGUAUUUCCGGUUGCGGCCGUUCACAGUGGCCUUGCGUCGAGUGCCAAGCGGCUGCUUCCGUUUACCCGCAACAUGUCCACAACGACGGCGCCGGCAUCGACGAGUAGUGGAGCAGCUGCUGCCGCUGGCCAGCAACAGCUAUCCAACUCCGUCGCACCGCCAUCCUCGGGGGUGUCUUCCAUGGCGACCGUCAGUAAUUGUCCGACGACCGCUGCGGGAAUCAUUCCACCGGAACUGAACGUGGUGCUGCACGGAUACCAUCGGAAGUUGAAGAAAAACAAGAAAAAAUACUUUGUCGUGUACGGGGAUACCCCGGAGAAAAGUGCCCGGCUAGAGUACUUUGACAGUGAGAAGAAGUUUAAGCAGAGCUGGCUGAAGUCCAGUUCCGGGAGCCAGGCGAAGCGAUCGAUCGUGCUGCGAAGUUGUUUUAACAUCAACAAGCGCAACGAUACCGGGAAGAAGCAUGUGAUCGCGCUCUAUACCAAGGACGAUUGUUUCUUCAUAGUGUUCGAUAGUGAGGAGGAGCUGAAUCGGUGGCUGAGGACGUUACUGUCGCUGCAGCGUGGCGAGGAUUCGGAGGAUGAUCCCCCUAGACCUACUUUCGAGCACGUAUGGGAUGUGGUCGUCCAGCGGAAAGGACUCGGCGAAAGCUACGGCAUUAUUGGUAACUAUCGCCUGUGCAUCACGGACAAAACCCUGUCGCUGGUGCGGAUCGGAAAUGCCACCGUUUCCGGUGACAACCGAGUCGAGAUGGUGGAAUUCCCGCUGGCAUCUCUUCGCAGAUACGGUGGAGCGCAGCGCUACUUAUACCUGGAAGUCGGUCGUAGCACGACAACCGGCGCCGGCGAGAUCUGGAUACAGGCCCAGGACAAUAUCAUUGCCAGCAACAUGCUCGCAACGAUUAUGAAAACCGCCAAAAACAAGGAAGCGGCCGACACCCUCGGUCCAAUCCAACGGAAUCGUUCCUCGUCGGCCAACGCCGCCUACAAACCUACCCAGAUGCCGAUGCGCCGAUCGACGCACACCGGCCAGAAACCGAUCAACUGUUCUCCUUCCGGAGGAGGGGCUGGAGGUGAAGAUCAAAGCUCCCCACAUGCAUCCUAUGCACAGAGUUCCGAAUCCUCUUCGUCAGCCACUAGCACUAAUACUGUAGUCGCGGUCCAACAAAAUCCAAAUUGCAGUCCAAAUUCGAAAAGAAAUUCGGAAAAACAGAGCACAACUACUACUACCUCUAGCCCUGCCAGUGCGAGCCAUUCGUCGUCGACAGCCUCCAGUGUUGGUGGACCCCCCGGCAACAGUUCCCAGUCCCAUAGCCAUUCCCAUCACCGAAUCCCCCAUCAUCCCUUCCCGUCGUCAACCGUCAGUUGUAAAAAUAGCAUCAAAAAACCCAAACUGGAUCCUCCAAAAGAGGAAGAAUCCGGCUCAUCCUAUUCCUACAGCACACUCCUCAAUCCCGGCCAAAAUUCCCCAUCGCCGGGGGUCGUCAUCAGUUUGCAGGUGCCACCCACACCGCCAGCAAAAUUGCAGCCUCAAAAAAUGGCCAUGGCAGCCCACCACCACGAACCCACGAAUACUGCCGGCGAUACUAGUAGUAGUAGUCCUAUGAGUGCCAUCAGCUCCGAUACCGUUGAGAUUUGCUCUCCGAACGAUCAUGCAGCCGUCACACCCGCCGUGAUUUUCCAUCAAAGAGCUUUAUCAUUACCAAGCGCCACUCCCAUGCUAAGCCAUUCCCCUCAUACUAGCAAUUGUCCGCCACCACCACCACCUACAACAACCACAACACCACCAUCCAUCAUCGUCAUCGGCAACAACUCCGCCGCCAUUGGCGCUUCUUCUGGUGGAAGUGGAGGAAGCAGCGGGAACAGCAAUAACCUCGGAACAACCGGUGGACAUUAUCAGCUGCAGCAGCAAUUUCAUCAGAAUCAACAGAACAGUCAAGGGAGUGCUGCAGCAAAUAAUCAGAGCAACUUUUUCGGAGGCAGGAUUCAGACGGUGCAUCACAGGACCAGGUCGCUUCCUUUGAGCGAGGAAUCCGCGAUACGCAUCACGAGCGGAGGCCAGAUCGGAUUAUCUCUAGCAAAUCAGCAUCAUCAUCCUCACCAUCAACAACAACAACAACAACAGGGCAGUACCGCAAUUCGCAAACAUCGCCAAUCAUUCAGCUUAUCGAUUGCCUCGCUCCGAUGCACCUGUCCUAGUAGUACUACGACGACGAUGGCCAACCGUUAUAAUUUAUGUCCCCUGCACGGCGCAUCGGCAUCGCCAUCUGCCAACAACAACCUGCCCGCGGUUAAUCCCAAUCAACAGGACUAUGAAAAUAUGAAUAAAUCAUGCUCGUAUCUGACGCUGUCCACAUCUCCCCCGGCGGCACUUUCGAUGACGACGGGCAGCAUCAGCAAUCAGCAGCAGCAUUACUACAGCAAUCACUCAUUCGACUCGACCGCGACCGGCGGCUCGGAUAAUGGCAUCAACAAUAUCAAUAACAUGAUAACCGGAACCACCACUACCCCAUCUCGAAGCUCAAUGGAGAGCAUAAUCGAAGACCAAAAAUACCUACCGAUGGACAUGAAAAAGCCUCCCCACCAAGCUCCUCCAUCUCAGGAGGACCCAACGCCGUCCCCAAACCUUCAGUUCAUAAGUCGUUUGUUGCGCAGUUCCAACCUUCAAUCCAUCAACAGUAGCAAGCUGGCUGCCCUCAAGUUGGCCACAGCCGGUAGUACUGCCAAUAAUAGUAGUAGUACCAGUAGUAGUAGUAAUAGUAGCAAUAGUAGCACUUCCACCGGAAAUACGCACGGUAGCACCAGCACAAACAACACUGCCAGUAGCACUGCCAACAUUACUGCUGCUAGUAACCACCUGGUCGUGGAUUCUCCUCCGGCAACCCUGCAGCGCCGUUCCACCGGAACCAGCGGACGCAAGACGCAAGUCCACUCGAGCCGGCGGAGUGCCGUCAUAGCCCGGGAGCGCUGUGACAGUUUGCCGUCGCGGAACCGAACGUCCAGCGAAACCAGCACAGGUGGACAGCAGAACGCCAACGCCAGUGGCACGAUGCCACCACCCAAGACCAUUCCCUCGGCCAGCUUCCAGCGGCCCCUCUCGAUGAUCGUUGGCGGCCAUCAUCGGGUGCAAAGCCACAGCCACAGUCCACCGGUUCAUUCCUCGCCUCUAAGUCCACCCUCGACCGGGGCCUGUUCGACUUGCAGUGAUGGAUCGUCGCUCAGUAUCGACGAGACCGACUACGGAGGCAGUGGCACCACCCCGGAAGAAGGCAAUCUCUUUCCCAAGGUCAUUAACCCGUUCCAAUCCGGUUCCGGGGGUUCCAUACCGGAGGAAAAUUCUGAAGAGUAUAUCCACAACUAUCCGCAAGUCCACAACUACCAAAGCUCCCAACACCAAAUGCUGCAUCAGCAUCAGCACAGAUCGAUUGAUGAGUUCAGCAGCCAUACGAUGGCGGCAGGAAGGCGGGGUAGUCCAGCUCCAGCCUCGGCUUCGGUCAACAUAGUAGGUUCCUCGGAUCAAACGGGUGGUGGCAGUAGCACCAGCAACUACAUGGGAAUGUACAGCCCCGGCAGCAGUUCACCGGGCGAUCCAUCGGGUAAUGGCGGCUACAUCCCUAUGUCGCCGAUUACCGACUUUCCACGAGGCUUGUACACGGGCAGUUCCAGUGCCCAUUCGAGGGCUUCGAGCUUGGCGGAAGAUACCGUCGACGGUUACGUUCCUAUGGCGGCUCGGGCCCACAACGAAGAGUACGUAGACAUGGAACCAUCGCAUGCAAGUUCCAGCAGUCGAACGACGUCAACGACGACGGCAACGCAUCCGGCAGGCGGAGCAAGUGGAAUGACCGGUGGAGGCAAUGGGAACAUAAGUUCGGCGGCGUCCAGUUGUAGUAUAACGUCGGGGACGCCCUCGACGGAUAUGCGGUUUUCCGAGUACCAUCUGGAGAAGGUAGUAGCUCGGUUUACACCCAGUGAGGAUGACGAGAUGGAUCGGCCGCUGCGAACGUAUUCGGUGGGCAGUCGAUUGGAGCACAACAAGCGUAAGUUGCGGGUAGAUAUGUUGAGUUCAGAAGGGGCUUCCAAUUCGCGAGCUCGGGCGUUUUCCGUUGGUUCGAGGGCGAAAGUUCCUCGGUCCGAGCUCUACAAGAGUGGUGCUGCUCCGAUUACUGCUCCGUUGUUAUCGACCGGUAGUUCCGGAAGUAUACAGGAGAGUAACAGUAACAGUGGAAGCACGGUAGGGAUAAAUAUGAUGGCGGCUGGAGCGAGUGGGAUAUCGGAUAGUGGGUGCAGUAAGAAAUCUUCCAGCGCGCCGAUGUUGGCACCCAAACAGCACGGAUCGGUUGAUCAUAUGGAAGAUCUGAUGGAGAUCGAUUACGGCGUACCUUUCCAUGCGGAAAGUAGCACGCCACAGAAGGGAGGAGGAAUGGAGGAUUAUAUGAUAAUGACUCCUGGUGGUGUACCUGAUCCCAAUAGUGGUUAUGUUGAGAUGAAGCCGGGUCAUAAUGCUCACUCUUUGAAUGCGACGAAUGCUGUACAGGAGGAGAGUGACUAUUUAGUUAUGCUGCCUGGGAUGGCACCAGAGCUUAAUCUGUCGACGAAAAGCACAAGCUCUCCUAUCGAUAUUAGUUCGCCAAAAAAGUUCAACAGCAGUGCUGGGGGGUUGAGUAAGAGUAACAACAAUAACAACAACUACAUUGAUAUGUCGCCGCGAAUGAACCAGGGUGCAUCCCAUCAUACGUCUUCCUCGUCGGCGGCACAUCGAAAAUCACGAGUACCUUCGGAAGAUUACCUGAACAUCACUCCGCUGAUGAUGACGAGUAGUGGAGGCUGCGGGGGAGACAGUGGCAAUGAGGACAAGAUGACGCACGAGGAUGAUGAGCUGGCCGCACCCAGCAGUGCCCCAGAAGGCUACAUGGAAAUGUCAUGGAACCAGAACAAAUCUAGUCUCAAACCGGAUAGUGCCAAACCGGCCGCAUCCGACGAGUACAUCAAUAUGGAUUUCACGCGAAAGGAAAUCAAUAGGGUAGAUUCUAGGUUGAGUUCCCAACCGAUCGCCAUUCAGCAGAGCUCGAGUGGACGAAACGUCCCGGGGGAUGACGCUAUGGAACCAAAGAUAGGCGGAGCUCCGUCCAAUAUUCCAAAUUAUCUUCCACUGCACAGUUCUGCUGCCGGACAGCAACGAGGAGCUCCCCAGAUAGGGUUUAGUCCAAAGCAGCACGGCAUCCGGGCACGGUGUGACUCACGUGACAGUGGCAUCGUAACGCCAUCCGGAAGUCAAGCCACCAUUUUCCCCUUUAGUCCGGGAAGUCCUAUUAAGUCGUUCAUGGUGAACAGCAGUAGCGAAGCGAGUGCCGAAGAACGAAAAUGUUUCGUCGACGGUACGACCGGAUCGUUGCGGAUUAGUGAGAUCGACGAAGAAAACAGCGAAGAGUCCACAGAGUUCUUGAUGAUGGAUCCUCAACAGAAACCUCAAACGAGCAGCAACGAUCAGGAGAGUAACAAACUAGAAGAUCUGAGUCAUAACUAUGCCGAAUUGAGCAUAGGGCAACAGCAGCAACAAAAACCCGAAACAAGUCAUACCAGUUCCUUUAGUAGUAGCAAACGAGCGAAUUUAAGCCUAAUUCUCACCACCUCAACCAAUACUCGAACAACGCCAACAGUGACAACGAUGAAGUCCACUGUGGAGUAUCCGAAUUACGUAAACUGCAGUCCCGUGACAACUCCGGUUACCCCGAAACCCCAAACGCCAAUGACCAUCGAUGAUCAGGCGGGAGAUUACGCGAUCAUGAAUCCCGCUAGUCAACGCAAACUAUCCAGUACCUCACAAUCGGAACUAUCGACUGUUGAAACAGCAGGUCUUCCACCUCUCACGAGAAAAUCCUACCAAAUUGGUUUCAAACCGAUCACCUCCAGCCAGGACGAAGCCCUGCUGAAAAAAUGCGCCGGAGCAUCUCCCAAGGCAGCCUUCCAUCGGCAAUAUUCCGAGCGGCGUACCGGUGCGGCCACCGAUGCAUCCGGUUACGAACUGCUGCAACGUACCUCGCGACCCAACAGUGUUAACAGUGAAAAAAUCUCCGGCAGCAAGUGUUCAACAUCGGCCGGCUCGACGCGCCCCAACUCCGCGAACAGCGACCGCCUUCCGAUCAUAUCAGCUACCUCAUCAUCCGCUUCCUCAACGUCGACGCUGUGCGAAAGCAAAAACCACAGCCCGACGGCAUCCAGCACCAUGAUCGCUGCCACGACGGGAUCAUCGAUUACCACAAUCCCCAACAAUACGGCGUCGUCGUCGUCGACCCGACCGGAAUCCGUUAGCUCCCUGACGGAUCCACACAUCAUAUCCCGACCACCGUCGGUCAGCUCCGAACGGGAACUCCACUACGCUAGUCUGGACCUGCCACCGUGCAGUUCCAGCAAGAUGGAGGUCGAUUGCAGCAGCGCCCAGGAACAACCAUCACCCGCCGGUCCCCGCAGCACAGGCACAAGCGGCGGUUCCGACUCGCUAAACUCCAGCCCUAGUCCCAACUCCGGAUGUACCUCGCAACAACCGACCGCCGGUUCUGCCUUCACAUACGCUCAAAUCGAUUUCGUGCGCACGUUUCCCCAGGGAGCGGCGGCAACGACGACCGCAACCCAACAACCUAGUGCCGGAACCAAAAGUGGUGGUGGUCAGCCUUGAACAAAGUAACACCUAAGAACAUUAAGGGGGGGAAAACCAACAGAAUACGCUGAAUGAAACUGCCAAUCCGAAACAACAAAAAAAAGCCGAAUAUCGGCCCCAUCCUUGUUGGUGUUGUUCGUUUGUAAGUUUGAACAACACACAAAUUUAAAUAUGAUAAACAGCUUAAGAUCGCGAGAAUCACUCGCUUUAAGGAUCAGAAGAACGGUAGAACGGUGGUGUUAAGAACAAAAAAAAACGUUAAACGUGAUCAAGUACACGUGGUUAGGGUUGGGGUUUCGAGAUGUGUACAUAUUUUACAACUGCGUGAGUGAGGCUGUUUUUGAAGGCAAAAAAAUGGGUUGGAUCGUUAACUCUUAAAGAAGUAGGGCAAGCUCAGCAAUCUCAAAAGGAAGUCGUUGUUUUUGUUUUUUUUUAAUUAAUAGAAAGGUUCUGCAGGCAUGUGUCCGAAAAAGUUUACUUUUUAUAGUUAAGGAAAAAGUGUAAUAUAUCUGCUAAUAUAUGAAUAGUUUAUAAAUAAAUUUAAUGGGAAAGUGUGAUGAGUUUCGACAUUUUGACUCUAUUUUCGAGCAUUGACUUCAGAAAUGGAAGAUGUCAAUCGAAAAAGAAAGUUAGCUUUUCCAAUCUUCUAGACCUUGAGGUUGUCGACUUAGCAAAGGCUUUUCAAUAGCUUGAAACUUUUUAACUGUUUUAUAGGAUGAACUAAAUUGUGAAAAUUACAUGAGUAUAUCGAUUUUGGUGCCUAUCUUACUAGUUUUUGACGUUCAGAUUUUUUUUUAAUAAUAAGUUUCGAAAAAAUACAAUCAACGGUAACUGAUGAAUUAACGAACCUACACUGUAUCAAAAAAUUGUCCGUACAGCACGUACCUUGAAGUCCAAACAAUCAAAAAGUGCACUUUUUCAGUCAAUAAAAAUACUACAAUAACAUCAUUUGCUGCAGAAAUUAGUCCUUCUUGUAGAUCAGUAUUAAAAAUGUUUAUAAAUUAAACCUUAAAAAUAAUCUAAUUCAUUUUGUAUAGAAGGUCCCAAAAACGACGUCAAAAAAUUGUCCGUACACUGAGGCCUUUGUCAAAUAUUAGUCAAGUAAACAGUUUUGUGUCAGUCUGUCAAACGAAGAAACGUGAAUUGAAUCUCAGCAAAGACAAUUUCCAGUGGUCUGAGCGAUAAAUACGGUAAAAUGAACUUUAUUUAGCAUAAAUCAGUAGAUUUAAACAAUUUGUGGAUUAAAUUAACAGAAAAAUGUCUACUCUUCACAAAAAAAAACCCGUUGACAUCCGGAAACUGAUUGUUGACCUGAAGAAUGACGGUGAAAGCUUGUCCGAAAUUCAUUUAUUUACUUGUCUUCGAAUUACGCAUAAAAUAGUAAAACGGCCAUGAUCGUCGGUUCAGUAUGUCCUUCAGAAUUUUAAGAAGACUAACUCACUGGGGACUAAUCGUAUAAGCUGAUGGUUGGUUUGAUCGUAUUUUCGGGUCAGAACCAAACAAUCAUAUUUAUAUUCCUGUAGACGCGUAAUAUGACUGAUAAAUCUUUUUAUUUUUCUCCGUAAAUGAAUGUCAAGUUUCCGGUGCAAUUUGCGCUGAAAGCAUACCACACCAUUACAUGGCCACCACCGUGCUUAACUGUCGGUCACAAAUUUUUCGGAUCCAAUUCAGUAUUUGGAUUACGCCAUACUCUUACAUGUCCGUCAGACCCAAAAAUUUUAAAUUAGCUUUCGUCGGUGAAUAUGACGUUCUGCCAGAACUCUUCCGGUUCCAGGACAUACUUUCGAGCGUAUUCCAGCCGCCUUUUCUUUUUUUUAGCAGAUAUAAACGGCUUCUUCAGAGCAACACGACCUUGGUUUUUUUUUUCACAUGAAGUAUGUUCCGUACCGUUUGAGGAUUAACCUGUAUAUUUUCAAAAUUCUUCAGGCUGUCUGCUAGUUUCGGGGCUCUGAUUUUAGGAAUCUGACUGAUUUCCCUGCUAAUGAUGCGAUGGUGACGAUCCGUAAGCUUCAGUUUGCGGCCUCUUCCUGGAGUGGUCUCCAGGGAGUUAGUCUUUUUAAAGUUCUGAAGGACAUACUGAACCGACGAUCGUGGCCGUUUUACUUACUAUACCUGCAAUUUCGGACAAGCUUUUACCGUCAUCCUUCAGGUCAGCAAUCAGUUUCCGGAUGUCAACGAGUAUUUUUUUGUGAGGAGCAGACAUUUUCAUGUUAAUUUUUGUGGAUUUAAUUAACAGGAAAAUGUCUGCUUUUCACAAAAAAUACCCGUUGACAUCCGGAUACACGAAAAUCUACUGAUUUAUGCUAGAUAAAGUUCAUUUUACCGUAUUUAUCACUCAGACCACUGGAAAUUGUCUUUGCUGAGAUUCAAUUCACGUUUCUUCGUUUGACAGACUGACACAAAACUGUUUACUUGACUAAUAUUUGACAAAGGCCUCAGUGUACGGACAAUUUUUUGACGUCGUUUUUGGGACUUUCUAUACAAAAUGAAUUAGAUUAUUUUUAAGGUUUAAUUUAUAAACGUUUUUAAUACUGAUCUACAAAAAGGACUAAUUUCUGCAGCGAAUGAUGUUUUUGUAGUAUUUUUAUUGACUAAAAAAGUGCACUUUUUGAUUGUUUGGACUUCAAGGAACGUGCUGUACGGACAAUUUUUUGAUACACUGUACAUGGAAAACCAAACCUGAAUUUGAAUGCAUUAAGGAUUCAGAUUUUGCAUAAAUAUUUUCAAGACAUCACUGAAGGAUGUUUUAAGUAUCCCAUCCAUUGUAAACCCUAACUUGUUUUAAAACUUUGUUAAGAAGUGCGAAACGUUUUGAUUCAUGCUUCAAACAAAUUUGAGAUUCCUUUGUUUUUUACAUCUAACAUUUAAGAUAUUUACUCCUGAGCCGAUGUUCGCGAGUUCAAGCCCAAGAGCAAACAUCGAACACAGUUGUACCGGAUAAGUUUUUCAAUAACGAUCCGCCAACUGCACCGUUGAUAAAGUCGCGAAUGCCAUAAAGAUGGUAAAACGACUAUAAUCGAAACAAAAAAAAAAAAAUCAGAUAUUUAGUACAAAAUUUGGUAAAAGUCCAAUUCAGCAGUUUUUCAUUGAAAAAAGCCCGGAUUUUGCCCGGAUAUAUUCACUUUAUUUGCGAAACUUUACAAAAAAAAAAACAAAUUGUUUUUUUAUUUAUGCAUCAAAAAGGCAAUUUUUGUGCAAGUUUUAUGAAGAAAUAAUCAUAAAAGGUUUACGAUUUAAAAUAUACUGAUCGGUUUUGAUAAAAAAAAACAUUUUUUUAAAUUUUUUUUUUAUUUGUGUCGAGUAAUUCUUGGGUUUUGACUAAAUUUGCCAGGAUUUUGGUCGACAAAUUCGAAAUCAAACGCCCGGAUUUUGCCAGGUUUUUAGAAAAAAAAAUUCAUUUGUCCGCCCCGAAUACGUGCUGCAAAAAUUCUGGCAACCUUAACCUAAAUGCAUAUUUUAACUAAGCAUCUGCAACUUAGUCAAAAUCAACUUUUGGCAAUUCUUGGCACGUCAAAAAAUGAUAUUUUUUUUGUCUUUGUUUUUUCUCUGUGUUUUUGUGUUUACUCUCAGUAUUCAACAGAAUAGUGAUUAAAUAAAAAAACAUUUUUCUCAAAGCUCAAAGGGUAGUCGAUUGCCGAAUUCCGCAAGUUAAAAUUUUUUUCCUUUUUGCAGAAUGAAGGCAUUUUUUAUUGACUAUCUACCAAAUACCAAUCUUGAAAAAAUAAAAAAAAAGAUCAAAAUAUAACAUUUAAAAAAAACAGCUCUACAAAAUUUCCUUUUUUUGUGCCAAGAGUUUCAAAGCUUAUUUUAACUACUUCGGGUGCGCUUAAUCCAAAUAUGCUAUUUUUGUUGCUUAUAGUUUAGUUUUUAAGAUCCGAGAACUCCGAAACUAAGCAAAUCCAUUUAAAAAUUUGUAAAUAUUCCUGGCAACACUAAAAAACACAUCUCAUAUACUAAAAUCAAAGGAUUUCAAUUAUUGUUCAACUUUUUAGAAGACUUCAAGUAAUUUUGAGUUUUUAAAAAAUGUUACAGAAGUUAAUAUCCAAGUUUUUCCCUUUCGGACAAAUAUUAAAAUUUCAAGGAAAUUUUUACAAAAAAAAUCAGUUUUAUCCAUUUUUCUUAAGCAUAAAUGGAAACGUUUGGCGGUUCAACAAAGUCGUUAGCUGAUUGAAAAAUUCUUAAAGAUUGAAAGCUUAAAAACAUCUUUCAGUGAUGUCAGAAAUUGAUAUUUGUUUUAAUGAAGAAGUUUUCCAAUCGAAGCAAUCAGGUUUUCUCAAGAACAUUGGCUGUUAUGAAGAAUCAAUAAAAUUUUCAUUAUGUUAGUGCAAGUUCACUCGUGUUGGGAAAAAGUGGUAGAAAUUUUGACAUUUUGAAAAUUUGACCAUGCAAAAAUGUUUUCAAGAUCUUUGGGCGUUGUAUUUUUUACAGCACUGUUUCUAUUUCAGCCGUAUAUGAUAGAAAUAUUGCUAUUUCUGCAUCACAGCAUGCGAAAAUACAACACGUGUUGUAAAAAACCUAGAAGGCGGCAGAUCUUGAAAAUGUUUUUGCAUGGCUAAAUUUUCAAAAUGUGUAAAAAGUGACAAAAUUUCUACCACUUUUUCCCAACACCAGUGAACUUACUCUUACUAGUUACUAGAAUUGGAUUAAAAUGUUUCGGAUUCCCAUAAAAUCUGAUAAAAGUGUCGUAUUAAGAGCGCAACGCUUUUUCUUCAAAAUCAGUUUGUGCCUUAAUUAAAGACACCGAAAUGCCAACCAUGGAGAUGUUUCUCUGGGAUUAAUUUAUAAAACUGUGUGAAAAAAUUGGAUAGAGUUCAAUGACAUAAAUAUUCAAAAAAAAACGACUUCCGGAAGAGUGUCAAAGGAUAAUAAAUAUCUGAAAAUCAUUUGUCGAAAAAAAAAUACAAUUGUGGCUUUUUGAAAUGUUUUGUUGGUUGUUUUUAUUUAUUAUUUGAAAAAAACUUUCAAGAGAAAAGUUGGAAUCUUCGAACACUAAACAGAAGAUCGGAAAACUCCAACCCGAAACCACUUUGUGCAAAAUAGAGGCAUAUUUGAGCCUUCCCAUGUUUUGAAGGGUUAGUGUCAACAGUGCCCUAUUCAAGGGGCUUGUAUAUUACUAACGAACCCAGAAAACAACACACAAACUCUUGCAUACACGAAGAAAGUUGCGAAGAAGAUAUCGAGAAGGCGAACUUUCCCAAUUUGAAGAAAGCGUUCUAAGGAAAGAUGAAAGAAGGCAAACACAAAUGUUGAAACAAAAGAAAAAUAUUCCAAAAAUAGAUUAGUUAAAAGCAAAAAGCGCAAAACAAACCCCACUAACAGUUAGAAAAGCGAGAGCGUGAACGAGAGAAAAAAAAACCAGAAGAAUCGAAGGGAAUGGUUAAGAAAAAUAAUUAGUGAAAAAAAACAAAAAAAAACCCUUUGAGAGACCUAAAUAAGAUAGAAAAGAGAAUAACAAAAGUAAAUGAAAUGCCAAAAUAAGCUCUACUUUAUCGUAUGUGUUAGUUCUGUUUUCCUACUAUUAUGUUUUUGAUUUUGUUUUCCGUUAAUAAUUUUCCGUGUAAGGAUUUACUACGCGAUUUACUCGGAAGAGACAAAUAAACUACCUACUAGUGAAAAGAGAAAGAGAGGGAGAAGCGUUAAGUGGAUACUAUUACACACAAAAAACAUUCAACACAAACACACACAGAAGAGAAAAAACCACAAAAAAAAAACACAGACCCUUCCUAGCGAGUAAGUAAAUUAAUUCGAGGGUUAGCCAGUUAAGGUGUAUGAUUGCUAAGCUAAGCUAUACUGUAUAGGAAUAAUAGGAACCCGGGGGAGAAAAACCAGAAAAAGAUAAUGAAACAAAACAGAAUCGUGCGUGGUGAGAACUUUAUUUUUAUUAAGAAAAAAAAAGAAAAAUUAACUUUUUAGCUCCUAAGAGCAGUUUUAGAGUUUAGGCGAGGUAAAGCGCGCAUAACUUAUCUAUAUACAGAGGAAAACUAAAGAUAAAAGUAGAGGAAGAGAAAAAAAAAACUAGAGUUGAAAACCAAUUUAUGUUCAAGCGCAACAGAUUGGUGAACCAGAUAAAAAAAUCUUUAUACUGAAACGAAUGAAAAGAGAUAAAGUGUAGUGCAUAGAAAAGUAGAGGUAGAGGUUUGAAAGAGGAACAAGCUAAAUAAAAAGGCGAGCAACUGAGAACGACGAGAGACAGAAAAAGAGUGUGAAAAAAGGUGUAAAACAAAGUAAAAAGAAAGCAUUAAAGAAAUCAGAAUCCUCUUGCAACACUAUUCAUAUUAUUCGUUAUUACAUAUACAAAACCGCAAACAACCAAAACAGAACAGGCAGUAAGACAGAGAGAAAAAAAAAACAAACAAACAAACACAGAGAAACCCCUAAAUUGAACCCGUUGGAUGGGAAUUUAGUUGAACUCAAAACCUGAAAGGAAUUUAUAGAAAAAAAACCAGAAACAAUAGAAAAGAUGAACAGAAGGUGUGGCAAAAUAGCGCGGGUGGAUAGAGAGCAAUUUUUUUUCUUUAUUUUUUUAACGAUUGAGGAAAUCCUCAUCGACGGAUAACAGCUUGUUUGGCAGAAUCUAUUGAUGUUACCGAUAAGAAUGGUCACUGUUUUACUUUAUUUUUUUUUGUGUGUAUGAAUUUGAAGACUAUACUUUUCAGGGCCGUAGGAAGAAUCGACUCAUGGGGGGGGUUUUGGUGACAUAUUUCUACCUAUGAUUUUUUGCUAAAAAACGCACGAAAAAUUCGCAUUAAAUCGUAACUUUAGAAAAGUGGUCCUUAGCCUAAACAGUGAGCUGAAUUUUUAAAUUGCACCAUAGAAUAAGUUCUUUUUAGAGUAGCCUUGAAUUUCUUUUAAAAAAACUUAUUCUUUACUCAAAUCAAACAAGCCCAAUCUUGCAAACUCUUUUGCAAAUUCUAAGAUUCUAACUUUUGAUGAAAAUUAAUCAAAUUUGAAAAAAAAAACAGUAAGAGAUUAAAAAUUUUCGGGUCAAACAUUCAUGAUGCAAACUUGAACUAAAUUUAUGAUUUUGAUAUGAAAUUUGGCUUUAAAAACACCGCAAUACUUAUAAUAUUAAACAAAACUUCGAGAAAAUAUAAAAUUUUGAGCAGAUUUUUUGGGUGAAGGUCAGGUUUCUUUAACAGCAAAUAUUUUUCAUAAAGAAUCAAUUCUAUAAUGAAAAUCUUGUGGAUGAUUUUUUUAAAUAUAAUUUUAAUAUUUUGCAUAAAUCAAAAUAAGAACAUUAACUCAAAUUCUACUUUAUAUUUGUGAUUUUCAGCUGAAUUGUGUGUCCAACUAAUUUUGAUAAAGUAUUUGCAAUCUGGUAAUUGAAUUGACAAGCUUAUGUUCUUUUGAAUUACUCAACAAUUCUAUAUUGAUUGAAAAACUCAUUCACAAGCUAUACCUAUUGUAAAUUUUCAAUCUGAAUUCUGAACCUGGAUUCGAAAAUUGAACUUUGAAUCUGUUACCGAAUUUCUUAACGAUUUUUUUAAAUGUAUUAAAAUACUUUUUCCGUUUCUUUAUUCCAGAUAAGAAUUUUUUAAGGCAAGUUUGGAGUCAUCAUUAAUGAAUCUAUUAUUUAAAUUCUGUAGUGAUGGUUUAAUAUUAUUUCAUUAUUUCAAUUAUUUAUUUUUAAUCUAUUUUGUGAAUCUAAAUUAAAAUGGGAAUUUCAAACGUUGAAUCCGAGUUUUCCAUUUUGGAUCGUCACUUAGAAGAUUUAAAUGUUUAAAUUUUGUGUUAGAAUAAAGCUUAAGAACUUCGAAUUUCAAUAUAAAGCAAAAUAUUCAUUUUGUCAUACUCGUAAAACUAUUAUCAAAACAUUGAAAAUGCAUAUGAUAUUCGAAAAACAUGAUUAAAAUUUGAUACGAAAUGCAAAACCGAAUUUUAACCAGGAUUUUAAAGCAACUUUUCAUUCCUAAUUUCUAAUGAUUAUACGAAUGGAAAAAAUCAAGAAUCCUAAACUUGAUACAGAAUCAGAAAUACGAAAAUAUGUAGAAAUACAAUUUUGGUUAUGAGAAUAUGGAACUAGAACUUUCAAAAUUGGUUUAAUUUCAAAUUUAAUAUUCAGACCUGAGUUUCAAUGAUAAGGUUGCCAGAUUGCCUGAUUAAUCGAGUUUGCCCGGAUAUGUAAAACAAAAUUAAGGGAAAAGUUCGGUUCAAUCUGGUUGCCUGGAUGUCAUUGGAAAGCCCGGAUUUUGCCGGGUUUAUUCUCAUCCCCAUUCUUAAAUCAAACUUUAAAAAACAAAUUGUGUGGCAAAUUAAAAAAAAAUAAUCAUGAAAUGUUCAAUCAAGUUAUUUUUUAUUGAUUUUGAUGAGUAAUUCCUAGGUUUUGACCAAAAUUGUCUGGAUAUUGUCCGGAUUUUGGUCGACAGUUUUGAAAUCAAAUACCCUGAUUUUGCCUGUUUUUUUUUUAAAUUAAACAGCCCAGAUUUGUCUAUUCAUUCUAUGAAGAAGUGAGCAAAUUUUGAAAAACAGUAUCAGAAUUUUGAACUUGGGAUGGGUUUUUGAGGUUUUGGCAUUAGUUUUUAAUCUAGAUUUUUAUUUUUGAAUAACUAUCAUAAUUUGAAUAUGAAUUUAAAAUUUUGAGUGUAGAGUAGAAUACCUCGCUUGCUUUUUUCGACCCUCAUGGGGGGGGUUUAACCCCCAAAACCCCCCCCGUUCCUACGGCCAUGAUACUUUUUAUGUGGAAAAUGCUACAAUGCUACAAGGUUUAGGUAAAACCAACAUAGCGAAUGUUCAUAAUAAUCAAAAAUUAUUUUGAAUUUAACCAGGAGCACUUAAAGUUGAUAUUUGGCUGAGUAAUGAACACUUAAGAUCCAACAAAGCAGUUUACUUUGAGUGCCUGGAUUUGACCUCAAAACGAACUUCAGUUGUCAAAAAAAAAAAAGAAUUUCAAACAAUUAUGUGAUUUUUAUCACCUCAUGUGCUCCGUCUGGCUGUGCAUCCAAUUUUGAAACGACGUUUCUUUGACCGUUCGACAACUGUCCAAGGCUGAUGAUCCUGCAACGCCAUUUGCUCGCCCUGGAUCGCUUGCCGCCUUCCAACCUCGGUUGGAUGACCAUCGACAUCGGUACAACUUUCAGGAACUUGUUUGGGAUUACCUAAUAGCAGCAGAAAGAGCUCUAGGGAAACAUACCCUAUUAUGCGCCACCUAAGCGAAUCGCUGAUUUUCUAUGCAUUCCACAUACAAAUUGUGUUAAAAAUGCGUGAAAUCGUUGAAGAAAAUUGUUUUCUGCAAAUGCCUAUGAUUUUUAUUACUCAAAUUGCUAUAGUUGCUUCAAAACUUGAUUUUUAAAAACCAUAUUCAAAGCCACAAAACAAAACUGUGUUGAAAAUACGCGCCGCUGUGUAUUCAAUACGCGCCUAGAAGCCGAACACACCCGAGAGCAGCCGAAGACCAAAACACACCAAUACUUACAGACACUUUGAAUGAAAAGAUAAUCAAAAUAGACUAAUCAAAAUUUUAAAAAAAAAAUAAAAGAAGAUUCUUGGGGCUGAAUUCUCGCUCAGAAUAUGGUUUUAGACUAUUUGUUGAUUUUCAAUGAAAAUUGGCCUUUUUGAAAAAUUUAUGCUAUUUUCAGCCUACUACGAUUGGCGCGUUAUAACGAGCGCAUGGUCCGUGAUAGAACAUACCCAUAAAAAGCAUACCUUAGCGAGUUCAAUCUGAUUUUUUAGCAUAAAAUCAUAGUUUAGGUUCUACUCUAUCGAUGUGUCAGAAAAUAUUGUCUUAUUCGUUUUUCUCUGCUUGGUGACACCUUAUUGAAAGUGUUUUAAAAUUUAGAUCGAAAUGAAGAAAAACCUAAAUUAUGAAAUUAUCACGACACAGGGGCAUUUUAUGGAAAAAUUCAUCCUUGCCAUGACCAAUCACAGCAUUUAAAACAAAUUGGUAAUAUUUUGCAAGCUUGAAAUGUCACAGAUUCUUCAAAACAAGGGUGGCGCGUAUUAGCCACAUGGGGCGUUAUAUGAACUUUUCCCCUAUGUAGAAGAAAAUCAGAAAACCAACCUGGUCUCCUGCAUUCCCGACCACUAGACCUGGGAACUACCACGUUAGAUUCGUUCCUACCUUUUUGUGGUGGGAGUGCGGUUGCGCCUUCCUCGUCGCUGUCGUCUUCUUCCUCAUCUUCUCCUGCAGUGCUACUGCCGCCGGAUCCUCGAUUAUCCUCUUCUGCUUCUUCUUUUACGAUCUCAUGUUCCCCUUUUUGCUCGGAAAACGGUGGUAUUAUCUCCGGAAUAACUAUUCUCUCGUCUGCACUUGGGGCCUUGCAUAAACGACUCAUCCGCCUUUCGCCUUAGCAACACCGAUUGUGCUGCCGUCCUUUCUCAGAAUUGCACGGUCAGGUUUGAACUCCUCGUGUACACCCGCUUUCAGUAGUCUCGCCAACGACAGCACAUUUCCGAACGACAGCGUGUACUGAUUACUCCCAACGGCCGACAAGCCUUUCACGGUACCUUUCUUCGUUGCUAUCAGCACCUUACCAACCUUUGCGCUAUCGAUGUGAAGUCGCUCACGUACGAACCCGAAUCGAGAACCCACUCGAUUUCGUCUUGAUUGCUGGACACCUUCCCACCAGAAACAAGUCCAUACUCCUUGUUGAAUGAAGUUUUCGCAACCUGCGCCUCGUUCGCUCGACUCACCUCGGGACAAGCAUGCUUCUUAAGCCCGGCCUUCCCACAAUUGUAGCAAUUUCCGGGAACCUUUUCCUGACUUCCUACGUCCUUUUCCAGAUUCGGCCGCAAACGCCACCUCGUCCGAACCGUUGAAACACCCGGUUCGAAUUCUCUUCCAGAACGCUUCCUCUCCUCUGCUAAAAGGCGUGCUUUUACGGUAUCAAGCCUUAUUUGUUGAUCGUCCAAAUUUUCCAUCGCCGUAGUUACGAUGUCGUAGCUGGGUGGCAACGAUAAGAAAAGCUGACUCACCAUGUCAAGCUCAGUCACCGUGACACCGGCAUCCUUCAGCUGUCUCAUCAGCUCAUCGAACCGACGAAAAUGAUCCGCUAGCAACGUACCUUCUUCCAUUUGCAGCAUAGCCAAGGACCGCCGAAUGUACGUCUGGGAGGCAAAACCUUUUUUAGCGAAGGUACUUGCCAACGACAUCCACAUCUCUUUGGCCGUCUCCUUGUCGCGCACGUACUCUAAAUGGCUAUCCGCAAUAAACGCCACCAGUUAUUACAGGAUAGCUUAUGAUACUAGGCUGGUUGCUUUUAUACCCUAAUCGUUGUUAUUUAGUAUUGCCAUAGCAACCACAACGUCUAGGAUACUUAUAUACUACGUACACAGCAACUUGAGUUGCCAUGAACCUUAAAUACAAAUAGCUGUAAAUCGCUGACUGCUAUGAUUUCCAACACUUUCUUAAUUUUUUCUUUAUUGGAGGGGAAAAGGCCCAUAUGAAAUAGAGUAGAUCCGUCUCACAUGCUCGUAAAAACCCUCAUCAUUUGCAUCAACAGAUUACAAUUCAAAUCUAAAUGAUACAUCGAGUACUUGAAUUUAUCACUCAGAGAUAGAAGCCUUCAGAGGAUCGACACUUGGGUGAGAGGAUCCACAGGUCUUUGCUCGAACAUACGCCCAUAUGAAAUAAUGGAGGGGUCCUCCAGCCAAAAUUUCAUAUUCUCCUACAGGCAGGUUUGUGACCGUUUCGAGGUAUGGCAUGGGCUCUAUUUUGUGGGAAAUAUAACAUUUUCUGGUUCACAGAAGUUUGCCCGAAUAAACGGAAAAAUCAAUAUAUCCAAGUAGACUUCAGUAUUAACUUUUACUCCAGCUUUUAUGAAAACAAGAGGCAUCCUUAACACGUUCGUCGCCACGCUCAUUUUGGUAGUUUUGCUAGCCGGGCCCAAAGAAAUUUUCAGAGAGAGAAAGCAAAGAGGGAGAACUCCCAUAUUUGAAACGUGUGGCGAAGCUGAGCGGUAAACCCAAGUAAGAGAGCGUCACCUGCUUUUUGAUGUGACGGGGCCCCCCAGGAAAUACACCCGUCUGCCGAAUAUGGGUGACGUGGCGACGAACGUGUUAAUCCAUUCGAAGCAACUGCUCCAAAUACUAUAACUCCGGUGAGAAUCUUGGUUAUAAACUUCAAUCGCACAUUCUCUGGAACAUCCCUAGCCUUCAUGGGUGAAAUAUACCAAUCCAUGCGUGAAAUUGACACAGGAUCAAUCGCAAAAAAUUUCUCGUCACGACGAUCGGCUUCUUCAACUUAGACUGCAAUCGCUUCGAGCACUCAAGACGCAGUGCUUUUAUUCGUUCCGUUAUCAAAUGGCGCUUUGCUCUUGCCUUUGAUGAUACAUUCAAGUCAUUUCUGACCAACCGUUCCAUGGAAGAAUUCGGGCCUCUGGAUUGAUCUUACUGAAUUCCGAAUUACCUUGGUCUUGACCAAUAAGAUUAUUCUAUCUAUGCGUACAGACCGUGGCUUUCCUCUACCCGGCUUCCGUGGACAUCUUCCAUGAAGGGGAGAAUUUUUGACGCGGUGAACAGUCGCUAGAUGGCAUGCUACAGCCGCCGCAAUUUGCUUGGAAGAUUUUCGGGCGCGAAGCAAACUGGACACUAUCUCCUUUCUGUGCAUCUUACCGAUUACCGUAUACAGAUACAGUACCAAUGAGGUACACUUUUACUAUCUACUUACUUGCUUAAUGUUCCCGCGCCGAUCCUCCGGUGCAUAGAGCCGUGGUAAAAGACCUUCACUGUUGACGAUCCGGAGCCAGCGUCUUCACUUCGUCCCAGUCAAGACUCUCGUCGACAGUUCGUAUUUCGGCGGAUAGGCUUCGCCGCCACGAGUUUCUGGGUCUGCCUUUUCUUCGAUGCCCUUCUGGAUCAAUGUGGUGGAAAGAGAGGUGAUGAGAAAGAAACGUUGCAAAAGUAGAAGUAAAGUUUUUUCUUCGUAAACAUAGUUACCAUGACAGAAGUGACGUCACUACCGACCAUUUUCGCGACGCAUUUUGCCUAGGAUAAAUUAAGCUCCCUGACAACGCCGCGUCGCGACGCAGGGCUUGUUUAUGUUUAUUUUUCUUUUUUUUUCUCUGACGUGCAAUAGUGUGCGUUCCUUUGCGCCACCUUAGUAAAAGUGUACCUCAUUGCUUCUGGAUUCCAUUCAAGCGCCUUUGCAAAUCAUUUUUACUAAGAGCAAGUUCACUGGUGUCUGAAAAAGUGGUAGAAAUUUUGACACUUGUAGCCAGUGCUGCAAAUUUUCAGUGUCAUUGAGAAAUUAUCAGCUGACUUUAUUGCAGUGUAGAGUUCUAGAGUUUGUUUUGAUCAGGUCGUAUGGCCACUAAACACGUUUUGAGAAAAUCGAUGUUUAAGUUUCGAAUCAUAUUUUCAAUUUUCAUUUUUUUAUUGCUGGACAAAUCUGUCUGCAAAUUAGAAAGUAAACGUAAAACUGGCUGCAGAACAUGCUGGUGUACUUGAAACUGGUGUAAAUUGAAUUAUUUUAAUAAAGGUGUACUUACGACUUAAUGCAUUUCUCGUAUGGCGUAAACGUCUUUUAGGCAAUCGAUAAGAUGGAUCGCAUAAACUGAUUUGAUAAGCCCAAAUUUUCCAUAGUUCUUUCGGAGUUGAUUAAAAAAUGGAUAAACCAAUAAUCUCAUCCAAUAAAUCCACGCAAAUCUUCAUCCGACGAAAUCUGGAAUUACUGCGCGGCGGAACUGAAAUUAUCAGCAACUUUCGCAGUCACUGAUUGAAUGCUGCAGUCACUGAUCAAAUACAGUGAGUGACAGAAAUGCCUAAGCGAAAGACGCUUUCAUAGAAGUCGAGUGAAACAGGUUAGUUCGGGUUUACGAGUGAGCUUUCUACUGACUGAUAGACACACUCACACAGCUUCCUGUAGGCACGAGGAUGACCGAGCCGAUCAGAAGCUUUUAUAUUUGUUGACUUUUCUAUUCCGUUCAUUUCAGUUAAAGCUUUUUACACUGAUAGAAAAUCACAGUCAGUAUCAUUUGUGCUUUAAGAAAAUUUGCAGCACUGCUUGUAGCACAUUUUAAAAAUUUUACCAUGCAAAACUGUUUUCGAGAUCUUUGGGCGUUGUAUUUUUUACAGCACUGAUUCUAUGUCAGUCGUAUGUGAUAGAAUUAUUGCUAUUUUUUAAUCACAGCAUGCGAAAAUACAACACGUGUUGUAGAAAAACUUGGAGGCCACAGAUCUUGAAAAUGUUUUUGCAUGGCAAAAUUUUCAAAGUGUGCUGAAAGUAUCAAAAUUUCUACCACUUUUUCCCAGCACCAGUGAACUUGCUCUAAGGUGGUGCAAAAGAACGCAUACUACUGCACGUCGGAGAGAAAAAAAAAAUAUAAGCAUAAACAAAGCCUGUGUCGCGACGCGUCGUUGUCAGGGAGCUUGGUUUAUCCUAGGCAUGGCAUGGUAACUAUGUUUACGAAAAAAAACUUUACUACUUCCCUCGCAACGUUUCUCAUCACCUCUCUUUCCAUAACGUUGAUACUGCAAGAUAGGUAGAUGAAAGGUAUAACAAGAAUGAUUUGAAUAACUUUUGUUGUUUGAAUUUUACUUCCGGCCUGUCAAAUUCUUCAAUUUAUUAUUGUCAGAAUUCUCAAUAUCGGAAUCAAAAAUAUAUUUUUUCAAACCCUUCAGGUCCCCAGUGUUUUUUUUUCCUUAAUGACCUGUUUGUAAAAAUUGGUAUAAACGAUCGAAUUUCGUAUGCGAUUUUCAUUUCUUUUUCUCCUAAGAGCGAUGAGAAUAGCUAAACUAUGCCCUUGUAUUCACUGAGCAAUUUAUUUCACCGAUCACACGUAGCGCUGAUGAGGGGUUUUCGGAGUCACACACCUACAGUGCUCUGUCUAGUUGAAGAGUAAUCAUUCGUUAGAAACAAAAAUAUCUCUCAGUUCUCUAAGCAGCAAAUGAUGAAAUCCUCUUUAACACGUUCGUCGCCACGCUCAUUUUAGCCCAAAGAAUUUCUAGGAGCGACAAAAUAAAGAAUGAGACUCCAAGCUUUGCAACGUGUGCAUAAACUGAGCGGCUAACAUGAGUAAGAGAACGUCACACGUUUUUUAUGUAACGGGGCCUCCCUGGAAAUGCACCCGUCACACGAAUAUGGGUCCCAUGGCGACGAACUGUUAAAAAUGGACUCACAAUUAUUCGGAGUGAAAAAGUUCACUGUCUCCUUUUGGUCAAGAUGAGAAAAAUAAAGCCUGCUGUAAACUUUGAACAUAAAAAAUCUCGAAAUCAAGUUUGUGGCGUUCAGUUUGGUCUGUUCGAAUCUCGACCAUGUAUGAAAACCACAAACUUCGUUACCAAAGUCAAUCGGACGAAAGUUGUUUGGCCACUUUGGGAAUUAUUUUGAAACAGUGACACAAAUCAGUAACAUCCAAUAACGAAUCUGCUUUUGUUAACUUAUAGUACACUCAUGAAAAAGGGCAACACUUCUAUUCUAUCUGAAGAAUUCCUCGCAUAAUAAUUAGAAACCCAAAAACGUGAGUGCUUCAAAUUUCUAUGAAUCAAUGUUUUCAUUCUCUUACAUCUAAUAAAUUGAUUGCCUCCCCAUUUGCUCGAUUACCAGUUUAAAAAAAGUUUACGAAGAAAAAAUAACUGAUAACAAAAACGAAAAACAUAACCACUAGUUUAAAGAUACAACGUCGUCCUGAUUUGAAUGCAACUUUUUACAUACUACCUACACUCAGUGUUCUGAAUAUCACUCAUUUUCAAUGAAUGUUUCUGAUUGCACUUCGCAGCUGAACGUACAGCGGUCGGGUUUCGUUAUUGAUUGCUACUGGACCUACCCGAUCAUCGAUCGUUCAAUUCAUCGCUAAAAUACAGAUCACCUCGCACGAUGCUUGCUGUCAAAACAGUGCAGCACCAUCAUCAAAUUGGAAUAUCACCAAUGCGCAAUGCAUAUGGCGAAUCUUGUUGGUCUUCGAUCAGGAGUGAAUGGAUCAGGCAGUGAGUGAAUGAUACAUGAAGCCGAUCAUUAGCGUAUUUUGUUUGAUUUGAUAUAAAGCAAAUUAAUAAAUUUAUUUGUUGUUAUAACGUUUUUUAACAUCAGUAUGAUCAAAAUCAAAUUGCAGUUGUGUUUGUGAGGGAAAGAUGUUCACUUUCGCCGUGUUUUUCAAUUUUUACAAGUUCUCUUAUUAAAAUCUCGUACGUCACGUUAAAACUACUGAGAAUUUAUGGUGUCCCGCACAACUGUUUGAUUUUUCGCGUCCUGCAAAAAAUAAUUUUGAAUUUCAUAUAAUUCAGGCAGAUACUGAGUGAGCUACAUUCAGAAUGGAUCAGUUUGUAUCUCACUCAUCUCCGAUAUGCGAUGUUUGCUGAACCGAUGAUUCUGAAUGAUGCGACUCGGUUUGCAUAGCUGAUAGGAGCGCUGAUCGAGAUUGCAUACCAGCCAGGCGAAGCAGUAGCGAGAGGCGCUAUCCCAUUAUACAAUCGGAAUGUUUCCAACAGGAAACGCAUCCUGAGUGUUUGUUUUGAUUGAUUUUCGGACCAUUGCCUACACUGUUCUAAUUUCCAACGAAUUUCAUUGUUGUCUAUAAGAUUGAAAUGGAGCGAAAUUCAAACGGGAACCACCAAUUAAAAUUAUGCAGAAGAAAAAAAACUAAAAACUAAUUUCUGAAACAGUCCCCUUCCUAUACUAUCGGUUUAAAGUUUGAAUUGAAAAGAAUAACUUCAGGCAUAAUUAUUCGAAACAAUCCAAACAAGCUUUCUAGUUUAGAUCGUUUAAGAAAAACUUUGUCUGGAUUAAACAAAAAAAAGCAAAGGAACUGGUAAAAUUUCUCCUAAACAAAAUCUUUCCCUCCCGCACGAUUUGGAUACUUUUCGCCACUGGGAAAAGUUAAUCUUAAGUCAAGUCCUUCCCCUUUUUGCACCCCUUUUUUGAAAUAUUAGUUUUGCUUUUGAAUAUUCUGUUUUUGAAUCAUUUUCAAUCAUUCAUCUCUUUUAUACGUUUGAAGUUGUUAUUUUUUUAUAUCGUUCUAUUUUUAUGUCUGUUAACCUAAACAUUUUUAUCAGUGGUUUUCAUUUUUUUUCUCAUACUUAUGUGCUCAAAAUGUUGAUUUUUAUUAUGUUUAAUUUUUCAGUUAUUCAUUAUGUUCAAGUUCUAUAAAAAAAACUACGUUUAACUAUUUUGACAUUUAUUUUAAUAUUUCAAUCCGUAGUUUUUGAGAAUUAAAUGUUCACAUUUAUGAGGGUUUUGUUCUAUCUGGGUUUAUACCACUGAUAAGUUUACUGCCGUAGGACACAACAAAUCCCUCAUGAAUGUCACAUUUUAUUCGUUCAACAAAGAUUAAAUGAAAACUUUUUCAUCCUAAUUAAAAUGACACAGAAGGGAAACAUUGAAAUCGGAAUUCGCCUCUUUUAUAAGUUAAAUAAAUUGUUAAAUAUUGUUGAAUAAAUUAAAAAGAAUAAUCUUAGUAUUUUUCUUUAUUAUACAUACCUACUAAAAAACUGAAAUAACAUAAAUUGGAAUUCUUAAUAAUUCCUUAUUCGUUAUUAGUGUUAAAAAUGUGUAACUGAUAAAUAUUAAAUUUGUGCCCUAAACAUAAACAAAACUUCAACUGUGUCAUUUUAAUAACUUUUUUUUUGAAAUUUACAUCCAGUUCCUGCAAUUUUAUUUACCCACAUCGUUUCUCUUUUGCUCAAAACGUAUUUUUGAAGAAACUCCAAAGUGUUCACCAUUCAUUUCCAAUAAUGUUACCAUCGAAAGUUUAUUGAUUUCCAGCUACGUUUG